AGAAUCGAAUCGAUUGAAUCGACACCGUGUUUCCUUCUAAAAAGGCGCUCAAGAAAGAGCAAACAAAUAAAUCAAAUCACUUUUCUCGAGGACUUGAUAUAAGUUGACCAUGUCCAAGUUUUGUGAAAACGAUUCAGACAAUGAGCGCCGAGCCGCGUACGCUUCGGACAAUGAGAGUCGAGGUGAAGGUUCGGACGGUACAUUUUUUGCUGACAAGAACCUUUACGUUUUGCCUCCCUUCAAAAGCAACGCGAUUGGCGGAGGAGGAGGACGACGCAGCAGUCUCGGACAUUGGCCUGUCACCGGAAAGGAGAAUGCGAUUCAAGAACAGCCCUUCAAGGCCAUGUAUUCCAGCCACAAUGGCAGCAAGCCAGACGCCAUGUACCGGCGGUUGUCCCUCGGGAUAGAGAACGAGGCUUUUCGCGCUCCGGAGAAGGCGACGAAGCGACGCUCCAGCCUUCCACCGUCUUUGAGUCUUCGGGAACGAUCCAACAAGGCGACGACUGCCACUUCUAUUGAUCUUCCACCUACUGCCGGCUUUCAAGGAAAGGUUGCCCACAAGCGUCGUUCGUCGCAGCCGACCAUGCAGCGACGCGAUUCUUUGUUCAUGGCGCGAUUGAAAAACAGCGACGAAACGAACGAGUACCCGUUCUCCAAGAACGAAGGUCAGCUUGUUUCGAAGAAGCACGCUGCCAAGCAGCCACGAAACAACACUCAGAAUGACAGCGGCUCUCUCAAGGUCAUCUACGAACAUGCAAAUCCACAACAACGCACUCCUUGGGACAGCCCAAAGUACAAGGGCACGAGUCCCGCUACGGCCAGUUUUUCGAAUGACACACGCAAUGGCGAGGAGAAAGAGGAAAUUUCCAACAAAGACGAGAAGAAAAGGAGCUGUCUCACCCACGAGAAUAAGGCGCCGUCGCUUUGGAAACACCCAGGAGGAGGAGAAGACGACGGUGGCGACGACGACGAAGGAGAAAAAGAAGCGGCCGGAAAAGUGUUGACUUGGGCAGAACAAGUCGCACGAAUGUCGGAUCGUGAGUUUUCCUCGCACGGCGAUCGCCUUCUCCACAAGAAGGAACCCAAGUACGGUGCAACCCGCCAGGCAGCCGCGAAGGCAGCGGCAAGCCCAGAGAAGCAUACCGAAGACCAAGCUUUCGUCGCGACGAUGCCUCGGAGAAACAGUGCCAUGCAGCGUGGUAGUCCCAGCCCCAUGGACGAAUCAAUCGACGCUAAAAAGCGCAAGCACGACAAGGUGCAGUCAUCUUCCGCCGCCCCUGGACCAGCCAAGAAGUCGCCACCUGGCUACAACGGGGGACGCACCACCAAGUUGCCAGCUGCUUCGCAGCAACAGCUCCGAGACGCGUCGGUACAACGUGUGCUGAUUGAAGAGAGCAUUGACAAAUUCUGUGACGAUGUGCAGUCAUCCGUCGCGACGCUUCGAACCAAUAUGCAAGCAGCACUUCGAGCCAUGCCCAUGUUUCAACAAGGAGCCAAUGGUGACCAGGCGCCUCCACGAAACCUGGGUGCAUUGGCUCCCCCUCCUCAAGGCGCCAGAGGACUUGGAAUGAGCUACGGCAACGAUCCUUUUCAAAUGCAUCCGUGCUAUUCUCACCCUCCCUACCCGGCACCAUACAGUGGAAAUGGAGGCGUUCCCAUGUACGCAGGUCAAGCGUAUUACCCAUGGGCCCAGUGGCAGUUUGCUCAUCCCGUCGAUCAGCAUCAUCCGUCUACUGGUCAGUUUGCCUACGCAGCACACAAUCCGUCGGUUCCCAUGAUGGCCAUGAUGCCAAACCCCUGCGGACCUCCAAAGAGUCCGCUCGACUCGGACUCGGACUCGUCCUCUCAGGUCAGUGACGAUCCGCGAUUCGGGCGCUUCGCCUAAGAGAGUGGGCCAUGAACCAUCUGAAAAUGGUAUGGAGGAUCUAAAACGAUGAGAAUCCAAUCGUGUCGGAGACCUGGAUGCUGGGAAUGGAUUUUGCACACAUUCACGAGAAGAGAAAGUCGCCUCCAUUGAAAUUGAACCCACAGCUACAUGUACCGCUACUAUUGCUCUGCGACUUGCGAAUAAAAAUCAAAUUUGUAACGAGAGAAAAAGGACACACGAGAGAAAAAAUAAAACAAAGUAGUCUAGGAUAUGUGUUUG